AUGAAUAUAGCUGCAAUAAAGUUUAGGGGAACGAACGCAGUGACCAAUUUCGAGAUGAGUCGUUACGAUAUGGAAGCCAUUGCCAAGAGUUCCCUUCCAGUUGGUAGGACAACCAAGCACUUGAAACUCUCACUCGAAGCCAAAGGAAAACCUCCUACUAAUGCUAACCCCCUUCAGCAGCCCAUAUCCACCAUUCCAUGUAGAAUACCAUUUGAUGUCAACUUCUUCCACCACCUCCAUCCCACUAAUGUAGGUGUCUCCGCUGCUGCCCCGACCAUGUUGCUGAUAGCUACAAAGGAAGAGCAGCUGGAGUGGAGCAAAGGAAACUUCGAGCAAUCGUGA